CGCCCUUUCUCCGCAGGAUCUCCAAAGUGUCUGCGGUCUGCCAUUUACAAAAACGAGUCAGGUGUGCGUAAACAUAACGUUGCCGUGCGGGAUUUGCGCAGCCAAACACGGAAGGGGAAUAGCCGAGUUGUAUGUAUUUUUUUUUUCGUGGGAGAAAUGUCCGAGGGGAUGGACCAGAUCCUGUGGAAAUGCUGCCUCCGUUUAGCUGCUAUCCGCUCCGGGGUCCGGGAGUUGUCCGGCUGAUUGCACACACCAGCCGCUGAAUACACGUGAGGAUCGCCUUUUUCGUCAAACCCCGAGGCACUUUUACCUUCUGUGGAUAGAAACCAUCAUGCCGAGCUCCAACGACGGAGGGACAUGAACAACGACCCUCACUCAGUGAACUGCCACAACCGACGACGUAUUGCAAUAAAGCGGAGAAACGGUUUGAAAACGACCGUUUGAUUAAUAACGCUCUUUUUAAAUGGACUGUAGCAGGUUUUCCUGGGCACAUUACAGGGAAAGCUCUUUGAUGUAUUUGGAUUCAUUCACCCUGCUGCUGUAAUGACGUCUACACGGUUAUUGUAAAAAUAUACGCGGAGACAUUUGUGAAUUCACCCCCCCCCCCAGCUCUGAGCCGGUGUCGGGGAAAGCGAGGCUGAGGCGGGUCGCCGGUCGGAGGGAUAUGGGAGCGCGAGCGGAACCGAUGCAGCGGGUCGUGGCACGGCUUCGUCAAAAUACAGGGCAGUGAUGCCUGGCAUGGUGAUGUUUCGGCGGCGCUGGUCAGUCGGCAGUGAUGACCUGGUGCUGCCCGCCCUCUUCCUUUUUCUAUUGCACUGCAUCUGGUUGGUGGUUUUGUCCGUGGUUCUGUUCGGCCUCCCGUACGGCUCAGAGCAGUCGUGUUCUGUGACGCUGGUGGACCAUGGCCGAGGGUACUUGGGCAUCCUGGUCAGCUGCCUUAUCUGUGAGAGCGCCAUCAUGUGGCUGAGUAUGAGAGGCAGCAUUCUGUACACACAGCCCAGGGAAGCUGUGCAGUACGUCAUCUAUAUACGGCUAGCUAUUCUCUUGGUGGAGCUCGUAUAUGCUGUGGUGGGAAUUGCUUGGCUUGUCCAGUAUUACCAACCUUGCUCUGAUGUCACUGCCAAAAACUUGGCUCUGGGAAUCGUUGCAUGCAACUGGCUCGUGAUAUUCAGUGUCUGCAUUACCCUCAUGUGCACCUUUGAUCCCACGGGUCGGACUUUUGUCAAACUUAAAGCCACCCGUCGGCGUCAGCGCAACCUCACCACGUACACACUCAGACACAGGCUAGAGGAAGGCCAAGCCAGCAGCUGGAGCAGGAGACUGAAGUUCUUCAUGUGCUGCACCAGAGCACAGGAUACACAAUCAGUCCAGGAUGCGUAUUCAGAAGUGGCCAGCCUUUUUGCAGAGUUCUUCAGAGACCUGGACAUUGUGCCUAGUGAUAUCAUUGCUGGCCUGGUUCUUCUCCGCCAGAGGCAGAGGUCUAAGAGAUCAUCUAUCCUGGACCAGGGCAACAAUGACAUUUUAGCCUUCUUAUCUGGAAUGCCUGUCACUCGUAAUACUCGAUACCUGGACCUUAAGAACUCGGUCGAGAUGAACAUGUACAAGGAUGUGUGUUACUACAUGCUCUUCGCCCUGGCUGCAUAUGGUUGGCCCAUGUACUUAAUGAGGAAGCCUGUCUGUGGGCUGUGCCGCCUUGCCAGCUCCUGCCCCUGUAUGUCAGUGUCCAGCUCGCGGAUGACUCAGGCUGUGACAGUUGAGGAGGACAACUGUUGCGGCUGUAAUGUCCUGGCCAUACGGAGACACUUCCUGGACAGAGACCUCAAGCAGGUUCAGGUUGUCUACACAUCCUGCCACGAUGCUGUUUACGAAACACCGUUUUUUGUGGCAGUGGACCAUGCGAAAAAGAAAGUUGUAAUCAGUAUCAGAGGAACCCUGUCUCCAAAGGACGCCUUGACGGAUCUGACGGGGGAUUCUGAGCGUUUGCCCGUAGAGGAGCAGCACGGGACCUGGCUUGGCCACAAGGGGAUGGUUUUCUCAGCAGAAUACAUUAAGAAGAAACUGGAGCAGGAAAUGAUCUUAUCCCAAGCCUUUGGAAGAGACUUGAACAAGGGCACCAUGCACUAUGGGCUGGUGAUAGUCGGGCACUCUCUUGGUGCAGGCACUGCUGCUAUCCUCUCCUUCCUGCUGAGACCUCAGUAUCCCACACUGCACUGCUACUCUUACUCUCCACCUGGUGGCCUUUUUAGUGAGGAUGCCAUGGAGUACUCAAAAGAGUUCGUCACAUCUGUGGUAUUAGGAAAAGACCUGGUACCAAGGCUGGGCCUGUCACAACUGGAGGGUUUCCGACGCCACCUUCUGGAAGUCCUGCAGAAAAGUAACAAGCCUAAGUGGAGGAUCAUUGCGGGAGGCACCAAAUGCAUCCCGAAAUCAGAGCUUCCAGUGGAGGAUGACGAUCCUCAGUCUCAGCCAGCAGCGCCUCCCAGCAGUCGCCUGUGGCUCCACCCCAGUGAUCUCAGCAUUGCCCUUUCAGCCUCCACCCCCCUCUACCCUCCCGGUAGGAUCAUCCAUGUGGUGCACAACCAUCCUCCAGAGGCAUGCUGUGGCCAGGAGGAGCCAACAUACUCAGCUCUGUGGGGAGACAACAAGGCCUUCGAUGAGGUCAUCAUAUCACCCGCCAUGCUCAAUGAGCACAUGCCGCACAUGGUGAUGGAGGGGCUCAACAAGGUUCUGGAGAACUACAACAAAGGGAAAACAGCUUUGCUCUCAGCAGCAAAGAUCAUGGUGAGCCCCACAGAAGUGGACUUGAACCCAGAGAGCAUGUUCGUGGAUACAUCAAAAACUCAGCAGCCGACGCCUACAACCCACCACCGCAGGAACAGUAGUGUUCGACAAAAAACAUUUCUACGUUCGUGUGCCCAGUCUGAAAUAUCGCUGGAUGGUUUCGCUGAGUGCCCUCCUCCCCCAGUUCCUGUAGUGCUGCGUGGAGCACGGGAGCGCCUGACAGUGGAGCUGAGGGACCGCAAAGCACCUUUAGCUCUCAUGGAGAGUCUCUCAGACGCCGAAUCCCUCUACAGUCUGGAUUCCCGACGCUCCUCUGCUGCCCUUAGGGGUUCACCAAUGCUGUGUGGCCUGCCGUUCUCUUUGGAUGCCCCGAUCCCCGAGGAGAACCCGUCUCUCAGCUCCCGCACUGAACUCCUGGCUGCCGACUGCCUCUGUCCGGACACACCAGAGCACAUGGGACAGGUCGGGCCUUUCUUUACCCCAAUGGACUCCAGAUCCACCCCAGAGUACCCCAUGCGUCUGUCCCCCGCUACCCCCCGCAGCAGUGGACAUGAUUCCCCAGCUCUGCUAAACCAGAGCGUCACGGCUCAGCCUUUUCAGACGGAGCCUAACACCAACCGAAAAAUGCUUCCUGAUGGGGACCACCAACAGAUGCCUGGUGUCUACGAUCCAGGGAGCACUCCUAACGCUCCCCUUAGCCCAAACAUUGACUCUAGAGAAAAUGAAGAUUGGGAGACGGCAGAUAAACAGUUUAGUGCGGGAUCCAGACCGGCAGCUUCUAGUCCUCCCCCCCAACUGUCCAAUGGAAACCCCAGCCAGGCGGUGCUGGAGUUCGCCCAGUACUUAGACUCUCUUUUCAGACUGGACGGCAGCUGCUCCCCGCCUCUGGAGCUAUCAGAUGGGGAGUCAGAGUCUGGCCGGGGCUCCUUUGGGCACGGGGAGUGUCUCGUAGAUGGACAGCUGUUGGAUGACAAACAACUUCUUGCCAGAGCAACAAUGGAGCCUAACUUAGUCCCCAAGCCUCCACGCACUUUUGCUGGAUCUGCUGACCCCUCCUCAGGCAUCUCUCUGUCCCCUUCCUUCCCUCUUUCGUCGUCUGAGGAGCUCAACGACCUUUCCCCAGGCGAGGGCGUCCUGCCAGCCAUGCACUCCCUACGAACAUCUAGCCCUUGCCACCUUCCUGAAGAGAACACACUAGCAUCCAUGGUGUAGUGUGCUAUGUCCUUUGCUCUAAAUGGAGAGGUGCAGUCAUCCAAGAUGUAAAACAUAUCACAGUACAAGCAUGCGAUGGAAUGCAGUCACUCAUCAGAGAUCCUAUGACAGAACUUGACUGACCAAUUGAAACAAUUGAGAAACUAUUCCCAUUUUUCAGGUGUUUAUAGCAUUUUCUCACAAUUGCAAUGACUAAGAAAAAAAGAGACCUCUCUGCAUGCCAGGGGGCUGUACUGCUAUUGGGUGAAUAUAAAUAACUGUAGCUUCACAAUGCCAUUCCAAAACAUGUUGUCUCACCCACAUAGGGACGCGUCAGCAUUACAUCAUUCCCCGAAAUAACAAAAUCAAAGGGAGAAUACUUAACUGAGCAGGGAUUCAAAAACUAACACUGUAGAAGAGGUUAGCAUAGGCACAUCACCUGGGUUGAUGUACUGUGCAGCCUUCUGCACCCUCAGCCGCUCCGGAAACUUUAUCAGCUUUUAUUUAAUUUUUAUUUUUUUCAUAUCAGGAAUGUGAAGAUGGACAUAUUCGUAAAUCAAUAUAAGUGAGAAGACAUUAUAAAAUGUUCCUCAGGUCUUUUCAAGCAUUGACUUUGAAGUGUGUUACAUUGGUGAGAAUUCAUGUGUCUUAAGAAAUGUAGUGAUUGUGACAAAGUUAUUACAGAUGCUUAUGGAUGUUUUUGAGUCUUUUGGUUAUUUUUAUUGUGCAUGAAGUUUUUUUUUUUUCUUCUUUAUUUUUAAAGAGAAAUUGUCAAUAAGCCACUUAGAUUGACAUUUGGAUACUCUUGCACACUUCAAACCGCUCAAUUGUACCCCCCUUUGCCAAAAAGUUAAUACAUUAUAUUGCCAAAUGUAUUUGAGAUGUAGUUUUGUAUAUGUAUAUGGAUAUUGCUUUAUUUAAACUUAAGAGUAAUUAAUUAUCUCCUUCCCAUUCUGUUGGUUCCCAUGUAGACUGUUACAAAGCAACACCACAGAAAAGAUGCCAUCCUGACCUUAACACUGCCGUGGCUUUCAUUUGGAAAACAUAGCCUGUGAACCUGGGUUUGAAACAAUAAUGAACUUUAUAUUAGUCGUCUUAUGUACCUUACUCUUUGCAGAGCUCUUAGCAAAGUGCCCAGGUCAGGGUCUGCAUGCUUUAUGCACUUCAGAGUAGCAUGCCCGAAAUAGAACAAAUCUUAUCAUUAAAUCACAGUAGAUAAGCUCUAAACAUGACCAGAAAUGAAAACAAAUGUCAACUCAAACAUUAAAAAAAAAGCUUAUGAAAGGCAUGGUUUACCAUACAGGACCAAACUGUUUCAAUCACAGGAUAUCAUCGCUCUUGUUCUCAAGGUGCUCUCAGUCAUCCUUGACGUCAAGGUGUUUUUCUUUAAUGUGGUUCAUCUGCAUCACCCCUGAAGCUGGACUAAAUGAAUGGCCUCCAACAUUCAGUUUGCCAAUGAUAAAUACUGUACUUGGCAUUUGAUCCUCCAUAACACUCUGGAUGUAACAGGUGGCUAACAAUUUGCAUUAUUUAUUACCGUUAAUGUUUUUAUCACUUUUAUUGCUAUAUUUGAUGGUAUUAUUAUCCUUAUUGCUCUUGCAACAGAUUGGUUUGAUGUCAGUAGUUUUUAUCUUAGUUUUUUGGGACAGUGUGGGUAACUUUUUAGACUUCCCCAAACGUAAGGAGUUAUAUAUUAUCGCUUUUUUUCUGUCCGAGUGGAAAAGUAUUUGACAGUCUGCCAUGGCAUCGUGACAAUAUUCUCUUUUUACAAAUGUUUCAUAGUAGUGAUACAUGCUGCAGGCGGACGGCCUACUUACAGUCACCUCCGCAGCAACACCAUCACGCCUGGAGUCACCAUAAUGAUCUGCCCAAUCUCUCUAUUUGGAUUAAGAUUGCAGUGAUUACCCACCGUUGACAGUUUCAGACAGUUUACAGUCUGACACUACUCGCAUCAUUCUGCCAGUCCCAGUAGACUCAUACCAAGGUUGGACCAGCAAUUUCCUACAGUCAUACACUAAAACACUGCUGAAAGAAAGCACUAUAAUACUUUCCACCAUGAUGUGUACAGCACCAUGUCCUAUGUGUAAUUAUGUAUGCAGAUGUUUAAAAAAAAGAUGAAUUCCAAUAGAAUCAUGUAGAAAACAACUAUAUAACAAUAAGGAGAUAAUGAGUAUAUUAAAAGAUAUCAGUAUUGACGUGUAGAGAAAGAAAUGUUCAUCUGAAAGUUAUUUAUUCAAACUAUCGGCAGAUUUACAAAUUGGUCUAUAUUGAAAGAAGAAUAAUUCAACUAUGUCUUGUCCAUGUUUACCUGGUUUGCUUCCCCUCCUUUCCUGCCCCACAAUGAGAAUGUAUUUAAUCCCUCCCCCUCACUGCCCUGCCUGUAAUGGAAUAAACUACAAACCAUGAAAAUAACAA